AUGCGGCCAAGACAGAACGAUAACGACAACAACGACGACGCACGAAGCACCAACAGCACGCUUGUAAAUGCCGGCAUGAACUCUGCUAACGAACAGGAAGACGACACCGAGGUGAUCAUCCAAGAUGUCCGAGACGGCUUCAGGAGACAGGGCGAAGUCCUCGACGGCGACGAGGACGAGUCCUACCUCUUCCGCCACGGCUUCGAACUCGACUUUGACGAGAACGGCCUCCCUCCAGAGCACGUCUACUACAUGUUCUACACCGACAAGCGACACGAGGUCACUACAGGACACGACGCAGAGAUCACCCUCAGGGAAUGGGACCCGCUCCAGGACUGGCGCAUGCGAGAAAAGCUCAAGACCAUUUCGGUCGCCCUGGUCCUCUGCCUCAACAUCGGUAUCGACCCCCCAGAUGUCGUAAAGACCAACCCUUGCGCCAAACUCGAGGCCUGGAUCGACCCCUUUCUCCUCCCUGUCCCAAAAUCACUGGAAAACAUUGGAAAGGCGCUUCAGGCCCAGUAUGAGGUGUGGCAACCCCGCGCCCGUUACAAGGCUGCGCUGGAUCCCUCAAUGGAGGACACCAAGAAGCUGUGCUGCGUGUUGAGACGCAACGCCAAGGAGGAGCGUAUCCUCUUUCACUAUAACGGACACGGAGUCCCCAAACCAACGUCCAGCGGCGAGAUUUGGGUCUUCAACAAAAACUAUACCCAAUAUAUACCCGUGUCCUUGUUGGAUCUCCAGAGCUGGCUUGGAUCGCCCUGCAUCUACGUCUACGACUGCUCCGCUGCAGGGAACAUCCUCCUCUCCUUCAAUCGCUUUGCCGAAAAACGCGAUUUGGAUGCCGCCAAGCAGGCAUCACCCCAACCUCCAGGAACUGUCCCCGCACCCCCUCUUCGAGACUGCAUCCAACUAGCCGCCUGUGGACCCGACGAAUGGCUGCCUAUGAACCCUGACCUUCCCGCCGAUAUCUUUACAGCCUGUCUGACCACACCCAUCGAGAUUGCCCUUCGUUGGUUUGUCCUCCAACACCCUCUCCUCCACAACGUCACUGUCGACAUGGUCACCCGAAUUCCAGGAAAGCUGAACGAUCGCAGGACCCCACUUGGAGAGCUCAACUGGAUCUUUACAUCCAUCACGGAUACGAUCGCAUGGAACGUCCUCUCUCGCGAUUUAUUCAAGACAUUGUUCAGGCAGGAUCUCAUGGUGGCCGCGUUAUUCCGCAACUACCUGCUGGCCGACCGCAUCAUGCGAUCUCAGAAGUGCACGCCCAUGUCUUCCCCAGCAUUACCUCCAACACACCAGCACCCCAUGUGGGACUCUUGGGACCUUGCCCUUGACAUGUGCCUUGCCCAGUUGCCGGCGUUGCUCCAGUCGGAAGGAAGCGCGUCGCCAGUAGAAUACCAGCCGAGCAUGUUCUUUACCGAGCAACUAAUGGCGUUUGAAGUCUGGCUGGGCCAUGGCAGUCCCUCACAUGAGGCACCGGAGCAGCUGGCGAUUGUGCUCCAAGUGUUGCUGAGUCAAGUUCAUCGUCUUCGUGCCCUUCUCCUCCUGAGUCAGUUCUUGGACCUCGGACCCUGGGCUGUCAACCAUGCACUGGCAGUCGGUAUCUCUCCUUACGUCCUCAAGCUCCUCCAGAGUCCAGCCGCCGAUCUCAAGCCGGUCUUGGUCUUUAUUUGGGCGCGACUUUUGGCUGUCGACCGGUCCUUCCAGAACGACUUGCUCAAGGACAGUGGAUUUGUUUACUUUGUCGGCAUUUUAGGCGUCAAUGCGGGCAUGCCUCUCCGAAAUGUGUCUGAGCACCGUGCCAUGUGCGCAUUCAUUCUCGCCACGUUCUGCCGCGAUUUCCCACAAGGACAGCAGGCCUGUUUGAAACAGCAAGUCAUCCAGUACUGUCUCACCCAUGUGGCAGAUGGCGACCACCUCUUGAGACAAUGGGCGUGCUUGUGCAUCGGUCAGCUCUGGAGGAACUACAAUGAGGCCAAGGGUGUCGGUCUUCAGCUUCUUGCCCAUGAGAGGUUGACGAUGAUCCUCUCUGACCCUAUCCCAGAGGUCCGGGCGGCAGCAAUGUGGUCUUUGGGCACCUUUGUCAGCAACUUGGAUCACAACGAGCAGGUGAUCCAGUUGCAGAACAGUCUGGCGAUGAGUGCUCUUGUCGCCACCACCGAUGCCUCUCCGAUCGUUCGCAAAGAGCUCGUCAUCUUUUUGUCAUCGCUGGUGUUUGACCACCUAAACGUUUUUAUCACGGUCGCGUCGGAGUUGUUGUCAUCGGAGCAUCAGUUGGCUGGAUCUGGAGGCAAGCGGGAACAAAAGUUCAAGGUUGUGGACGAUCGACAGGACAAGACAGGACAACAGGCGGUUUAUGCGGUCAUCUGGAAGGCGCUCCUUUGCCUCUCUGUUGACUCGAACCGAGGCGUUGCCGCAGCUGCAUCCAAGUUGGUCGACUAUGUCAACUUCCAGCUUCUCUCCGGACCCAUUGCCCAAACUCUGACGUCGGCACUGCAGCAACAUGCGCUGAAGACUCAGUCGCUCACAUCGUCGUCUAUGGGCUCUCUCCAGCAGUCGAACCUGCCUCAGUCUAAUCCAGAUCGCUCCUACUCCAGCACAACUCUGAGCCACCGGACAGCGACCAAGAUGGCCAACACAUUGAAGCGAUCAGCAUCUCUUGCCGUCACGCUGAAGAACUAUAUCCCUGGCUACUCGAGCAGCCCCAACCCGGAAAGCUCAAAGCAGGGAUCGGCCGGUUCCUCCGCAUCAACUGCAAGGUCCGCUCAGGAGUCAGGAUACGGUGCCGCGACAGAUUCCAGGCAACCCAGUGGCGGAGUCGGCGGAUCGACGCGAUCUGCAGGAAGCGGUGCUCCACGGCCUCGCUCUGUCCAUGGUGAUAUUGGCUACAUUCAGUCGUCUCCCUCCUUUGCUCCGCUGCCACCCACCAAUGGUGCCGCGACCGGAUAUGGAAUAACUACGAACGGAUCCACCGACCCUAACCAUCCGGAAGCUCGACCUCAGCUGGAUUCGGUCUUUUACGACUGGUGCUGCGAGUACUUUUUGGAGCCGCAAAUGAAGGGCGUUGAGGGCGAUGAACCCGGAAGUGUAAACUAUAAUGAACGACUCUGGCGCCGUGUGCGGAACGAAAAGAUCAUAUACGAGUGCCAUCCUCAACGAGAGCAAGCUGGCUCCAGCAAAUGGGAUACGAAUGUGCAGUCGAUGAAUAACGAGUCGGCGGCGAUGCAUUUGGUCAUGCACUCUUACGAGCCACACAUGGUCAUUGCCGACGACAAGCGGAAUCUCAGUGUCUGGAACUGGAAGGAGGGUCAAUUACUGAACCGAUUCUCCAACUCGAACCCAAGGGGCACAUCGAUCACCAGCGUCAAGUUCAUCAACGAAGAAGAUGUCGCCAUGCUUCUUGUCGCAUCUGGAGAGGGUGUGGUGAGGUUGUAUCGCAAAUACGACGAGCAGAACCAGACUGACAUUGUGACCUCGUGGCGCGUGUUGACAGACAUGCUUCCGAGCAGCAAGGGCACUGGUACUAUCACGGACUGGCAACAGGGACGAGGCGCGCUGUUGGUGGGUGGUGAUGCUCGUGUGAUCCGCGUUUGGGAUGCCGCCCGCGAGUUCUGCAUAAGCGACAUUCCAACGAGAUCGGGUGCACCAGUGACAAGUAUUACGAGUGACCAGGUGUCGGGCAAUAUUUUUGUAGUUGGAUUCGGCGAUGGGGCAGUGAGAGUGUAUGAUCGACGACAGCCUCAGCACGACGCGAUGGUGAUGACAUGGAAGAAGCACAAGUCGUGGAUCCAGAACGUGCGGAUGCAACGAGGAGGGUUCCGGGAAUUGAUCUCAGGCAGUGUUGAUGGAACGAUCAAGGUAUGGGAUGUGCGACAGCAGGAAGCUUUGAGGACUAUUCCUGUCCGAGAUACCGUCUCUGCCCUCGACCUCCACCACCACGCCCCCGUUGUUGCCUGUGGAACACCGUCGCAGUAUAUCAAGGUGUGGAAUGUGAAUGGGGAUGGACUGUCGACGGUGCGAUCUUACUCGGGAUUGUUUGGACAGAGACAGGCCAAGGUGACCAGCUUAGGAUUCCACCCACACGAGUAUGUGUUUGGAGUGGGAGGUGAUGAUGGGUGGGUGUCUGUCCUGGGCUGGUCAGGCACGAGCAACAUGUCGCAGCAACAACAGCAACAGCAACACCUGUACCAGCCGCAAUAG